AAAACAACCCGCAACAGAAGGAAAACAGAUUUUUUUUUUCCUCUUCCUUUUCCUUUCCACUCUUCUUCUCUCACUGUGUUACUUUUAGCUUCUUUCUCCAUUUCUUUGGAGGAAGAAAAGAGAGAGGUGUAAAUAAAAUCUUCAAGAAAUGUGGACAGUGCCACUUGGAAAGACAACAUGUAUAAUUGGUGCAAAUAAUAGUCUGAAUCUGUUCCUAAAUCUGGGUGCUAUCAACAUCCCUUUUCACUUUCCUCCUUCAGAUUUCAAGGCUUCUCCCAAAUCUUUCUCUUCCCUCCCCAGAAGAUCAGGUCUAUGUAGGGCCAGUCAAGUAGCUGAGCUUUUCCCAACGACAUCACCUGAGGUUUUUGUAAGGGAAGCCAGGGUAGAGGACUGCUGGGAAGUAGCUGAAACUCACUGUAGCUCCUUCUUCCCUGAGUACGCCUUCCCUCUAGAUUUUGUGUUGAGAAUUGACAGGCUGAUUGCUAUGCUUUUUGGAUUCUCCAUACCUAAUGGAUGCAAGAGAACUUGUCUUGUUGCUGUGGUUGGCAGCAGAGAUGAUGAGGCUUGCUUAAUAGGUACAGAAGAAUUGAAACUUGGAGGAUUUGACGGGCGAUUGAGUCUCAAUAAGGGCUAUGUGACUGGAAUAUUGACCGUGGAUACUGUGGCUGAUUUCCUUCCGAGAAAAGGACCCUUGCGGCAGAGAAGGAAAGGAAUUGCCUAUAUAUCAAAUGUUGCAGUCCGGGAAAGAUACCGCCGAAAAGGCAUAGCAAAAAAACUCAUAACUAAAGCGGAGGCACAAGCCAGAAGCUGGGGAUGCCGUGCAAUUGCUUUACAUUGUGACACUAGCAACCCUGGAGCCGUAAAGUUGUAUAUAGGACAAGGCUUCAGAAUCAUCAAUGUGCCAGAAGGAGCAAAAUGGCCUCAACCCAAGACAUCCCCAAAUAUGCAGUUCAAUUUAUUGAUGAAACUACUGGACAUAUAAGACAGUUUAGUAAACAAUUGGGUGUGUGAUACUUGUAUAUUUAUGUGAAAUUAAGGGAGCAAUAGCUGUAAUUAUUGUAUUGGUUUAGUCAAAAUUUCUUCUUUACAAUGUUUCUGUUGUAUAAUGCUUGUCAAAAGUACGAAGUGUCAAUCAUCUUACUGUUUUUUGCUUUUCCGCUUACCA